AUGGAUCCCACCCAGAACACCGUCAACACCCAGGGCACCCAGGCCGGCCAGAAGGACGACUACCUUGACAAGGCCUUCAACAUGGGCGCAAAGAAGUCUGGCCACAACGUCGACAAGAACACCGGCGAGAAGAUCACCGACGGCGCCCGCGGCCUCUUUGAGAAGGCCACUGGCAAGAAGGUCGACCCCAAGGUCUCCAACUAA